CAGCAGGAACCCGGAAGCAGGCGGUGCUGCAAUCAAACCGUUUCCUGCGCCAGAGUCGGAGACGGGGCUGAGCUGCGAUCUGGUGAAGCGGAGCAGCUGCGGAGCCAUGACUCACCAGACCGGCAUCCACGCCACUACGGAAUUAAAGGACUUUUUUGCAAAGGCUCGGAAUGGUUCGAUCCGCCUGAUCAAAAUCGUAAUUGAGGAUGAGCAGUUAGUGCUUGGAGCCUCCAAAGAACCAUCUCGGCGCUGGGAUAAGGACUACGAUUCCUUUGUGCUUCCUCUGCUAGAUGAACUGCAGCCAUGCUACAUCCUUUACCGCCUGGAUACCCAAAACGCCCAGGGCUAUGAGUGGCUUUUCAUCUCCUGGUCACCUGACAACUCUCCGGUUAGACUCAAGAUGCUCUAUGCAGCAACCCGAGCGACAGUAAAGAAAGAGUUUGGAGGAGGACACAUUAAAGAUGAACUCUUUGGGACAGCAAAGGAAGACAUCUCGCUCAGUGGCUACCAGAAGCAUGUGUCUUCUUCCUCUGCUCCAGCUCCUCUGACUGCAGCCGAACAAGAGCUUCAGCAGAUCCGCAUCAAUGAGGUGAAAACUGAAAUCAGCGUAGAAAGCAAACACCAGACUCUCCAAGGCCUGGCCUUCCCUUUGCAGCCAGAUGCACAACAAGCCAUUCAGCUACUAAAGCAGAGGAAAAUCAAUUACAUCCAGCUGAAGCUGAACCUGGAGCAGGAGACCAUAGAAUUGGUCCACACAAAGGCUACAGAAAUUGCUGAUCUGCCUAGAAGAAUUCCUCAGGAUUCUGCCCGCUACCACUUCUUUCUGUUCAAACACUCUCAUGAGGGAGAUUAUCUGGAGUCAGUAGUGUUUAUCUACUCCAUGCCUGGUUAUAAAUGUAGCAUCAAAGAGCGCAUGUUGUAUUCUAGCUGCAAGAGCCGAUUGCUUGACUCCAUAGAGCAAGAUUUCUGCCUAGAAAUUGCAAAGAAGAUUGAAAUUGGUGAUGGAGCUGAGCUGACUGCUGAGUUCCUGUAUGAUGAGGUCCAUCCCAAGCAGCAUGCCUUCAAGCAGGCUUUUGCCAAGCCAAAAGGUCCUGUGGGCAAAAGGGGACAGAAGCGACUUAUCAAAGGACCAGGCGAGAACGGAGAAGACAGUUAAACCCAGAGGAUGGGUCAGCCUCCAGCAUCGCAGCUCCAAGGAAAUCCACUUCUCUGCAUUUGAGCCUGUCCACUGAACUCCAGAGCCUUUUCCCUACUUCUUUUCUCAAAGUCAUGUCCAUCGGUUUCAUUAACAGGAUGGGAGGGUUGGAAUCGGGGGACAGAGAGGAAGAGGAAGACGAUGGCAUGCUCUUUUUUCUUACCUUUUGCUCUAUGGUGAUUUAAAUCUAGGGGGAAGGGGUACCCUAGGGCUUUUUGUUCUUUGUUUUUUUUUAAAUAUUUCUUACAAUAGAUGCUGUUAUUGUUUCAUCUUGUGGCCUGUUUUACUUGGAAUCUGCACCACUCAAAAGAGUUUUGUUUUCCUCUCAUCUAAGAGAGUUAUAAACUUCUACCUUGGGUGCUGUGACCCCCCAUCAAAGAGAGGCACCAUUUGUAUGGUAACAAUAACUUAGUGGCACUCUAUCCUGUCAAAGCCAUUCCCUUACCAAGGGAGUCUGUUUCCCUAAUAUUUGAUGCAGUGGUCAGUUGCCUAUUGGUUAAGGCAAAUAGCAGUAUGUUCCAUGGAUUGUUUUUGAGGUAGGGUGGAGUUGAGGGGAUGGGGGUAGUGCUAAAAGAAACAAGAUCUCCUCCAAAAUAGAGGUGCGUAGUUUGGGUUUUAAGAAACUCUUUGUUUCCCAAGCUACUGAAGAAGUAAAACACUCAUUUUGUUCAAGAGUCCUGAUAAUCCCAAUCUAGGCCUUACUGUUUGUGAGGGGAAAUCUCCAUCACAAAUCCAGUGAUGGGUUGGAUUUCUCUUAAAAGAUGCUCUGCUUCCUUUCUGAUCUGCAGAAAGCUAAUUAUACUGCCUUUCUUUCUUCCCUGCCUUAUGUCAUGAUGGCUCGUUGUGUGAUGUCACAGCCUAGGAUAGACAUGUGGACGGUUAGGAACUGGGAGCAUAAUUGUUAUCCUGCCCUUAUUGGCAUCGUUUUCACUUAACUACAUCAAGAUGGCAAGAAUCACCUCACGGGUAACUCUCGAAUGCUUCCCCGGGUCACAUUUUCCACGUGUGCUAGCUUGCAGCCUAACACAGCAUUGAUUUAACUGAGAUCAUCUUCUGACUUAACUGAGAAAGUAGAUUCCUUCCUGAUCUGUUUUGUUGGGGGGCUUUUUCACCCAUCCAUGCUUGGCAUCUAAAGUAAAGUCGCUUGGUCCUUGGUCUUCUCAUAUUUACUCAAUUGUUUGUCCUCAUCCUAGAUCAUGACAUGCAACGAAUGCAUCCCCUUGUCAUAGCUCUUUAGUUAUGUGAUAGAGCUUUGCCAGGCCAAAGGAGCAUUAGCCCUUUCAUUGGUCACUGAAUGCGGAUGGGCUCUGUCUUUCACAGAAUGUACUUUGCCCAGAGGAUGUUCAUUCCAUGUUUUGGAUACUGUCUGCCAAGACUAAUUGUUUUAGAUCCAUGAAAACCAGGUGGAAGGAAAGGAUAGCCCAUAGCAUGAAAUUGUUAGCCGUGUACAUGAUGGACGGGCAUUUUAACUGCCAAGGAGUCUGGGAAGAGUCUUGAUGAUCAGCUUUGAACGUCUAAAGGAGAAGCAGACUGUGAUCUACUCACAAAAAACUCAAAACACAAUUGUGGACUGGGAGGUUAUGAAAAACCAUUAGGGCAGGUGAAUUCGAUAUACAUAAUGAAAGUUCCUAUGACCCCAAGGAGCAAUUUAUUGGUUUGCUUUUAUAUCUCAUGCAAACAAACUCUGAAAUUACAAGCUUUUUUAUUUUUUACAUAGCCAAUCGUAUGGUAUUAGUAUGGUGGGCCUGAGUGGAGUAGUAUUUGUGUAAGAACAAGCCUGGAUGUGCUCUGGGUCAUUCUUUCCCCAGUGGGACUGAUCUGCAAUUUAAGAAAGAAAGAGUAGGUUUUGCCAAAUUCCAAAUAUUCUGUAUGGGGGGGGAAAUAGAAUCACAGAUUCAAAAAAUAAAAAAUUGGAAAAAAUCAUAGAUUCUCAAAAAUAGGACAAAAUUUAGGCCUUCAUUUCCAAUCCCCUACUCACUACAGGAAUCCAGAUGAAAAUGUCUAUGAUGGAAGUGGUGGUAUGCACCAUCAUUUCAUGGAUGUGGGAAAGUCUAAAUCUUAAUUUUUCCUGAUUUUUUUUAACUGUUCAUCUUUUGCAUCUUAGGUUUAUUGGCAUCCCUUGGGACAGAUGUCUUUAUAAUAAUGUAGUGCUUAGAAAUAAACAGAUCUUGCAUCCAGUAUAUAAUUCUAAGGUAAUAAUUAAAUUUAAAUUUUGUCCUAAAACAUGUUCAAACAGCAAGAUUCUGUUUUUAACAGGCAUAUGCAGUGAUCAGCAACUAAAAUACAAAAUCUAAGCAUAACACUGGUCAGUGCACAACAUUUCAAUUUUUUUUUAAAAAAAAAAAAGAUGGGUGGUUCUUUGGACAUUUUGAAGGCUCUAUCUACAUUGCUGAUCUUUGGCACAAUAAUAUCUUUAAAUUCUUUAUUUUUACUGUGACCAAAUCUCAAUCAGUUCAGCUAAAUCUAGAGAUAUGAUAUUCUGUAAUAUUUGGAUUUGGACCUCUGCAGUUUCUGCAUCAUAUAUGCAAACAUAGCUUUACUACUUUCAUUUUAAGUUUUUGUUGAGAGUGCUACACUCUUGUAAUAAUAUGAUUUAUUUUCCCAGGCAAAUGUUAUAUUUUAGGUUAGAUUUGUCCUGCGUGUUUUGUUCCAUUCUCCUCACCAAUAAGAGGCAGAUUAUUAUCAUUUUUGUUCCCUAUUAUAUUUUGAUGCAGAAGAACAAAUAUUUGCCAUUCCAAUACUGAUAACAGCUAUUACUCUGAUCCGGAACUCAUAUUUCCGUGGGUUCUUGAUGAGAUAUUAAGCAUACUUGGAUGACUACUGUUGGCAUUUUCCUCGUUUUUCACUAAUUGCAUUAAUUAAUCCAUGUGAUUCCAACAAAUGAGGCAGAAAAGUAAGCACGCAAGCCCUGCCUUUGUUUUACAUCUUUUACUCCCAUCAAAUUAGUCUGAAACGAUUCCUUUGUGGUAUUAUUGCCAAAUAUCACUGUGCAAUGAUGGUGGAUCAGUCAGUACUCUCAAAGGCAUGAUCAGUGGUAAAUGAGGACCAGUCAGAACGUCUGUGAAGGAAAGAAAGCAAACAGCCUGCUUCUCAAGCUGACCCUCCACAACCUGCCUUUUUCCCUUCACAAUGAAACAAGGGAGUCACUCAGCCUUGUGAAGAGCUGCUUCUCAGCUGUCUGUCUGAUCUUAGUAGCUGCUGCCAUAUGCGUAUUCAUAUUGUGUGUGAAUCCCUUUUCUUAUUUGUUGACUGGCAGACCAAUAAAAUCAGUUAUGCAGUGUGUGAAUCAUAGUGCUCUGUCUACUCUAGAGGUCUUCAAACUUGGCAACUUUAAGACUUGUGGACUUCAACUCCCAGAAUUCUCCAGCCAGCUAUGCUGACUGGAGAAUUCUGGGAGUUGAAGUCCAUACGCCUUAAAGUUGCCAAGUUUGGGAACCCUGGUCUACUCUAUCAAAACCGACUCUUCCCCCACCCUUGUCCUAUUUUAUGAUCCAAGCUAACAAAUAGAGACUAAUUCCAGGAUAGGGAGACUCAAUACUCAGCUAGACUCCAGAACUUUGUUUUCCUUGCAGUUAUGUGAUCUUACAAACUUUACCAUCAACACACUUGGCAAGUAGCAAAAAAGUUCCACAAAAAAAAAGUAGAAACGACUCCCCAUCCUGGAAUAGUCUCUGAACCAGUUAGCUUGGAUCAGAAUGUAUCUUGCUAUUUAUAUCCAGGAUGAACACUUAAUCAAAACAUUUAUUAGAUCUGACUAAUACUACAAAACGUUGAGCGAUUGCAAGAGCAUACAUCUCGUUAUAGAAAUAAAGUUUUGUAGGAGUCCCAAAAUAAUUUUUCAAGAAUUAUAUGUUUACAGUAAGACCUUGCUAAUACUCUAACAACUAUAUUCCUUCCUGUGUGCACACAACUGAAAUGACAGUAGUUUUACACUGACAUCUCUAGCACACUAAAAGAAUGUCUAAUUGACUACAUGGUUAACACUUAAGUAGUUUUCAUUGGCCAUUACAGUUAACUCGCUGCAGAUGAAAAGCAAGCUAGGAGUGAUUGCUUCUGUAUCCAUGCUAGUAACUUAUCAAAUCUUCCAUAAGAAUCAAGGUUUGGAGUUUGGGAGAUGCACAUUCCUGACUGGGCUAUACGAUGAUGUAAAUUUGGAAAUUAUGGGGGAGGCAGGGCAUACUGUUUUGAAUGCUGUAUUUUCUAAAAAUUAAAGUAUUUUUAAAGCAA